AUGGGAGGGCUCAGAUCGAGGAUCCUCAGGACCCUGCAGUCCUUCCCCAACGCCGCCGCGCAGUCGUCCUCCAACCUCCUCCUCGCGCUGCCUCCCGGUGCCGGGCCCUCGCCUCAGCUGCCCGCGACGCCGUGUGGCCACCUCCAAGAACCGGCGCCGCAGGAGCCGCCGCUGGUCGAUGAAGCGGGGGCUGCGCCCGAGGUGCCCGGCGGCGGAGGCGAUGACGACGACGGCGACGACAAGGAGAACGUCUCGCCGGGUGUCACCCCGCGCAAGGCCAAGAAGUUGAAGCUCAGCUCGGACCACCAUGACAAAAGCUCGGGCCUCGGGGAGGAGCCCGCUGAUGGUGCCACAUGCUACCGCCGGCCGGACCUCGCCUCGGCGACGCUCUUCGACCCGGACCUCCUCGCCGCCUUCCGCCGCGCCGUCGUCGCCUACGCGCAGGCGCUCGAGGCGUCCAAACGCCGCGACGACGACGACAUCGACGAUGGCGAGGACGGGGCCGGCAACGGCGGCGGCGAAGGAGGACCGGGCGUCGCGAAUCCCCUGGAGGCGUUCGAGCUGCGGUGCCCUCCGGGCGGCGAGCGCGCGGUGGUGCUCUACACCACGUCGAUCCGCGGCGUGCGCAAAACGUUCGAGGACUGCGCCCGCGUGCGCCGCCUGCUGGAGGGCCUCCGCGUCGCGUUCCUGGAGCGCGACGUCUCCAUGCACGCGCCCUACAGGGAGGAGCUCCGGGCGCUGAUGUGCUGCGGGCAGAGGCAGGAGGAGGGCGGCGGCGGUGCGUUCCCCCUGCCGCCGCGGCUCUUCGUGGACGGCCGGUACCUCGGCGGCGCCGAGGAGGUCGUGGCGCUGCACGAGCGGUCCCAGCUCCGGCCCGUGCUCCGCCGCGCGCCGCGCCUCGGCGCGGGGGAAGGCCCGUGCGCGGUCUGCGGCGGCGCGUGGUUCGUGGUGUGCGUCGGGUGCAGCGGCAGUCAUUGGCUCCAUGACGCCGGCAGUGCCACUGCCGUCGCGGCCGCCAGCCGCAUGCCGUGCUCCGCGUGCAACGAGAACGGACUCAUGCCCUGCCCUCUCUGCAGCUAG